AUGCAUCAUGACGCCAUACAAUACGAUAAGGCGUGCUUUACGGCUGCUAGCUGGGUUCGCAAGUUACGGGAGAGCCUCCCGAUGACAGUCCAAGAACUUACGGAUCGCUUUAGCGUCAAGGUAGAAUAUGAGUAUCUAUGCUCGGGCUCGUUCAACUGCUGUUAUCGAUUGAAAGGACUACAGAGCAUUAUUCGCUUCCCGAUCCUUGGCAAGAGCGUUUUCCGCUAUGAGAAGACUAACGACGAAUACAUGGUCAUGUCCUACCUCGCUCGACACACAUCAAUUCCUGUUCCCCAAAUCCUCACGGUUGGGAGCUCCUCACAAAUAGGGCCGUAUAUGGUACUGUCAUUUGUGGAUGGAACGCGAUUGUCGGAUCAUCUGAAAAGAUCAUCUGACGCCAGGAUACCCAUUCACUUACAACCGGACAUCGACUGCACGUUUUUGGUCUUUGUCUACCGCAAGAUGGCCAGGGUGUUGAUUGAAUUAUCGCGAUGUCAGUUUUCUCGCAUUGGCGCGAUCCGUCAAGACAGAUCGGGGAACUGGAUUGCUAGUAAGAGACCAAUCACUUUCAAUAUGAACGAACUGGUUUCCUGCGGGAACUAUCCCCCGAAGGCGCUACCGCAGCAGGCUUUCGAGACCGCGCGAUCCUAUUUCACUGCACUGGCUGAAAUGCAUAUCACCCAUCUCCGAACACAGCGGAAUAAUGCCGUGGUGAAUGAGGAAGAUUGUCGAAACAAAUACGUGGCACGCCAGCUAUUUCUCAAGAUCGCCAAGGAAUUCUCGACGCCCUACAAUGAAGGCCCAUUCCCCCUUUAUUGCGAUGACCUGCGUCCGACCAAUGUGAUUGUUGACGCAGACUUGAACAUUCGCGGGGUCAUUGACUGGGAGUACUGCUACGCCGCUCCGGCCGAGUUGACCUUUUGUUCUCCCUGGUGGCUCCUCCUCAAGCAUCCGGAUGAGUGGGACGACCUGACGGAAUUUUGGGAGGAGUACCGUCCGCGGCACCACCUAUUCAUUCAAGCCCUUCAAGACGAAGAAAAUGAAAUGAUUCAACGAGGUGACCUCUCAGAGCACCAGCGUCUUUCGCUCAGAAUGGCCCGGUCACUUGAGAACGGCGAUUUCUGGUUCUGCCUGGCGGCGACAUCCAGUUACGGGUUCGAUAAUAUCUACUGGACCUUUAUUGACCAAUGGCGCUAUGGACCUCGUACUUCCAUCGAAGAUCGUAUCAAGCUCCUCACCCAAGAAGAACAGGACGAUCUCGUCGCGUUUGUUCGGGGGAAGAUCCAACAGGCUGAGGAGGGCGAAUUAGAUGAACAUUGGGACGCGCACGAAAAGUUAGUUGCCUAA